AAUUGUUUUAUAAAGUAUGCUUUGCUAGCAGAAAUAACUCUGCUAUCUUAUGUUUAGUUCAUGGAUGUUGGAAGGCAUGAAGACCAAACUAAAGGUUCAAAAAGUCUAUUAUCAUUCCUUUCUUUAAAAAGAUUCAAGAAAAAGCAUGGAGUUCCAACGACUCUGGAAUUAUUGGAAGAUGGAAGAUGGUCACGAGGCGGUAAUAAGUACGCCAGAUUGAAUUCCAGAAAUGAUGUUUCUACAAGUUCUGGUUUGGAUACAUCACUUCAAGUUCUUGAUGCAAGAACGUUAAUGAAACAGCAAGCUUAUGUUUCAUCUACUCCAGGAUCAUCACUAGAUCUUGAAUGGGAACACGAAGGAAUGCCUUUACUGAUCAUGGAAGAUGACAAAGGAGACACAGAAGGUUCUCUGACACAGACGUCACUUAACAAUAGUCAACCUUCUAGUUUAACAGCGUCUCCUUGGUCCAGAGUCUCCAGUCCAAACAGUUUGGAAUGGGAUCCAGUAGAACCAGAUAUGGUAUGUGUUGAUAUAGAGACUGAACGACUUCUAACGGAGAUAGAGCAAUUAACAGAUAGAGCUCUAAAAGAGACGGGUGAAUGGACCAGCUCUAACACUAGCUGAUAAACGAUUCAACUAACGGAAUAUUAUUUGUAUUUUUAUAUUAUAAAAAUUCGUGAUGGGAUUAAAACAGAUGUUCUAUACUUUUGUGAGACGCAAAGAGAUAUUACAUUAUUUCGAUAUUACUGUUUUUGAAACAAUAUAACCGCGUUUAUAUUGUCUCAAAAAUGUGUAUUGUACAAUUUAGGAUAGGCACUUCCGUUGUCGAAUACGGAAAUAUGACGAAAUAUCUACAUUGUGUAGAUUAUCUUAUUAUAGUCUAGCACGAAAGGAAUUAUGUCAAGAAAGAAAUUAAACUGUCAAAUCAGAAAAAUAUCUUCUGCGGCAUAUGCACAUGUACGAUAUUUGUAUACACAAAUACACUUAUAUUACUUUAUAUUUAGUAUACACAAAUACUUUAUUUGUAUACAUAAAUAAAAGAUCUAUUUCUUUUCAAUUUUAGAUAUUUAAAUAAAAAGUUGAACUUUAGUAAACUUAAAAUAUAUUAAGCUUUUAAUUUCGCUUUUGCUUUACAUAGCUUCCGUACGACAAUAAAUUAUUUUUUACAAAGUAAAAUCAUGUGCCAUAUUUCUGUAUUUUAAAAUUUUAAUACGUAUAUGCAUUUAAAUGACUUAUUUUAACACAAAGUAAUAUAUAUAUUAAGAUGAAAGAUUGUUUAAAGAAUACAAAUAUGUAUACAAGAAAUUCUAUUGCAUCAUAUUAUUUUUUAUAUAAUUUUCGAGCUAUUAUAAAAUGAUAUUAGAUUUAAAUCUGAGCUAUAUGCAGUUUAAAAAGCACACAACUGAUUAAUUUAGAAAGAUAGCAAAUGUACAAAAAAAAAAA